UAUAUGCUUAGGUAUAUAGGAACUAUACUAGUAAAGAUAAUCUGUUCGCUAAUAACGUACUGCUAGAUAGACAUCAGAUAUACCAAGCAGAUAGUUAAAUCAACUUCUAGCUAAAUAUGUCAUUUUUUGAAUCAGCACUAAAGCUUGAAGCAGAAGAACUUCGCAAAAUACAAAAAGAGUAUGCGGAAUGUGUGAAUCAAAGAGGUACGCUGGAAGCACAGCUGAUGGAGAAUGAGAUCGUCAAACAGGAAUUGGACUUUGUCAAAGAUGAAGACAAUGACAAGGUGUUCAAGCUCGUUGGCCCUGUGCUAGUGUCACAAGAACUGGCCGAAGCCAAAGACACCGUGGCCAAGCGAAUAGACUACAUCAAGAAAGAAGUUGAGAGGCAAACCAAGCUAGGCCAGGAUCUGGAGGUACAACUGAAUGAAAAGAGGGAUAAGAUCCAGCAAAUGCAAGCCCAGGCCACCAAGACUGCCAGUGCCCCGGCGAAAGCUUAGUGCUCAGUGUAUUGCGUCGUAUUAACGAGAUGCAGAUAUAAUAUCACUUAUUGAACUUCGUCUGAGCAAAGAGCAUGUGCUUUCGAAACAUGAACGAAAAGUAUCUCCAAAUUUCAGCAAGCUGGUGCGCUGCAAGAUUGCAUAUCAGUUAACGGAGUGUGCCCAUCACCAGAAGGGUCGUUAGCCAUUGCUGAGUGAACAAUUGUUGGUCAUCUGGGUAGCUGCGCCUGGCCUAAGGUAGAUUCAUCCUAAAACGAGAGUCUAGAUCUACAACCAGUUUUCAAGUCAUCAAAUAAUAUAAUGCUACUAAUAGAAGCGCGAGAUUGGUACGGCUGACGCUGUUUCGUCGUUUACUCCUCUACGGUCCUUUGGAGAAGUAGUUAAUGGAUACCUGAUACCCAAUAUGUACUCUUUUUUUCUUCUUAAAAUAUAUUAGAAAAAAUAUCGAUUUUGCGAUGCAGCUGUAUGUAAAUGUAUAACCAAAUUUUAAGCCAAUCAUUUACAAAGUUGCAAUUCAAUUUCGAGUUUCCGACUUGGGGUUUUUUACGCGAAUCUUACAGGGGAGUGGGGACAGUCCGGGUCUCCGACAAGAGUCUAAAAUAAAUAUUCAAAAUUAAAAGGAGGUCAAUGUG